AUGUCAAGCGUCCUCGUUCAGACACUUCUCAAAUCCUCAGAAAUCGAGUAUGCAUGGGCGGCAGGCGUGGAUGGGCGGGAUUUGCAUACUCGAGACAUGGACUGUUUGGCACCUCCGGCUGUCGGUGCUAGUGAAGCUGUUCGAAUCUCUUCCCUCGAUUCUACGACGCGAGGAUUCGUGACCCCCAAGUGCCCCAAGAUGCAAAGCAAGAUAUACAUUGGGUGGUUCUUGAUCGUUGUCCAAUGUCAAACAAACCAACCUUUGGCUCCCCAAACCGUGUUUUUGGACCUGUCGACAGAGAGGAAGGCUCAAGAGCUGGGAGGCGUGGUGCAACCUCGUUCACAGCUCGCCAACUAG